UGUGUCUGGUUGGCAGCGACUGUCAUUGCUUGGGCUUUCCAACGAUGCCGAUGAGAAGUGUUGGACACUUGACUGCUUUGCAGAGGAUAAGCAGGGCCGUAUCAUCUGUCACCUUUGUUGUAAAGACUCCAAAGAGAAGCAUGCUGGGUCCCCUCGUCCUGGGCUCACUGUCAGGGGGUGCGUGAGCACUGAGGUGCCCCCUCGGAAAGGCCACCAGCCCCCACACUGCCACCCGCCUGGGGCAUGCUCUGCAACGCCACUGGAGACGUCUCAGGCUGCUGUGCUCCCUGGGGGACAUUUUGCUGCCAGAAGAAUAAUUUUCAGCCAUUAUGGGUUUUAUUUCAGAAAUUGUUUUGUUUUCCCAAUGACUGAAAACAUUAAAUUUUAAUGGCUGGUUUGUGUGAGGAGGGUGGGGGGAGCGCAGGCUGAGCGGAAAAAGUGAUGGUGAAGCGCUGAGCUGAUGGGAGCGGAACAACAGAGGGCACCAGAGACUCGACCGUUCCGAAAAAUAGGUGAUAAAUGAAGCACUUUGGGAACAAGAGUUCAUUGCUGUGUUUUCAGUGCUCCUGAGCUGUCAACGCAGGCUCCCAGGCAGCUGUGCCCCACUCCGAGCAGCACCCAGCACCCGCGGCGCCAACAGACCUCCUCCCCUGCCAGCAUGCCCGCAGCUACACCGCAGCCUUUCUGAGGACUAACCCCACCUGACGGCCCCACAGGACUCAGAGACAGCCCAACAUGGGGAACUGCACCGAAGACGAUGACACGCUGCAGAACAGCAUUGCGCUAUUUCAAUUUAUCGUCUACAUCCCAGUGCUCUCUUUGGGGAUCCCACUGAACAUAAUUGCUUUCCAGGUCUUCUGCUGCAAACUCAAGAGGUGGACCGAGACCCGGGUGUACAUGAUCAAUCUCAUGGUGGCGGACAUUUUCCUGCUCUUCAUCCUGCCUUUCUUGAUAUAUUUUACCAAGUAUGACCAUCCCAUAGACAAGCUGUGUUCCAUCAUACAGAACAUCUAUUUUAUAAACAUGCCUAUGAGCAUCCUUAUCAUCACCCUGAUUGCGAUUGAUCGAUACAUUGCGAUCAAGUUCCCUCUAAAAGCAAAGAUUCUUCGAUCCCCGCUGAAAUCGGCUUCUAUCUGUGGGUGUUUUUGGAUAAUGCUGAUAAUUUAUUCCUACUUGCGUACAAAAUUUCAUGAAAGAAAGGAACAAUUCUGCCUUCGGAAACAAUCUAUUCAACCCAGUUAUUUGUCAUUAUUCUACACUAUCUUUGGAUAUUUUAUUCCCUUAGGGAUUGUGAUUUUUUGCUCAGUACAAGUCAUCAAAUGUCUCAAAAAGAAGAUGGCCACCAGCUGUCAUGAGACCACCUUAAUCCAGAAAGCAAUCCACAUUGUUUCUGUGAAUUUGUGUGUGUUCAUCGUAUGCUUUUCACCUUUCUACAUCGCACUGCUCUUGCGGUUUGCAGUUGAUGUUGCUGGAGCUUGUUCUCUGGUCUUGAAAGUUAGAGCCUAUAUUCAGAUCAGUGCAUGCUUAGCAAAUUUUAACUGCUGUUUGGAUGCAUUUUGCUAUUACUUUGCAGCCAAGGAAUUUCCAGAAUUUCCUUCUCUGUUCCCCACUUGUAUAUCAUCAAUGAGGUCCAAGAUGAACCAAAGCCAAGAGUCACAGCCACCCACAGAUCAAGUCAUGACAUAAACAAGGUGUACUGCACUAUAGGUGUUAAGAGCUACAGUGCUGCUGAAGCUUCAAGGCAGAGGGAAUGGGACCACCUACAGUAUUUGCCAUCAUUGUAGGUAGAGGCAUGUCUGCAAGAAAGGGACAACACCCUCCAAGGGUUCUGAUAUUAACUUGAAUUCUGUCCUCAGUGACUUGACUGCAGUUCUGACUAAACUCAGCUAAACAUAGGAAACCGAGUACCCUUACAGCAAUACGCAAAUCCACUUCUAGUACCAUAAUAUAUAUACAUAUGGUCACUUAAAAACAAGAAAAAGCCCCUGUACUACAAGCCAAACCUAACAGAUCCGAGCUGCUCACAUCAAAGAAUUUUUUUCCAUUUAAAAAUCUAAAAAACCUACAUAAUUUUGAAGCUUGCAGCUAUUGCUGUGUAUGGAGUAAACUGCAGGAGUCACAGUGGCCUGAGACUAUUGCCCCAUUCCUGCCUUAUAACACUUGAUUUAGCUUGUGGCAAUGCCCUGGCAUCUGCAAGGCUAAAAUCCUUGUGGGUAUAAAUAAAGCCAUUACUGCAUGGGAACACUGAGCUACGCAAAGCGUUGUGGACUACAGAACAGACCCUUAGCAUUGUGCGUAUCAAGCGUAAAGCUGUGAAGACCUGAUCUCACCCAAGUGUCUACCAUAAGCCCUGGUGACAGGUUUGUUGUACUUCCAUGUGAUCAAAUCUUCAACGAGUGUCCUGUCCAGUGAGAGGUCGCAUCUGCUCAAGUUGUCACUGCCUCACACUGCAAGUGUGGUGAUGGUCAGAAAACAGCAGUGAGCAACACGAAGCUGAUGCAGCCCUGAUCCCUCCCUCACCAUCCAUGAAGAGUUUUCAGGGGAGGUUUGGUGACAGCAGGGUGUGCAAGGCCCUUCUGCAGAUACAGAGCAAACCCAUGGCUGAGGGCUUCUCGACAUUGUCCUGGGUGAUGAAGCACUGCUUUGGAUUUGGGGGUUUUUUUUCCUCUUUCAGCUGCUUGGACAGUGCACAGUGAGGGUUCAACAGCAAUUCUGCAUCUCAUUUUGAGACAUUUAACUCUUUCUAUGCAUUAUGCAGAGAGCCUUGAUCUGUUCUAGCUGGAUCCCAGACCAGGCAUCAGUUUUAAUGUCUAGCUUUCCGGGUACCACAUUCCUCUAUAAUACCAGUGCUUGUUGCCUGUGCAACAUGUAUCCUCUCACCUCACAGGGAAGUGAAAAGAGAGCAGCUCAAAACAGUUAAGCCACAAAGGGAGGUCUUGGGGCAUCGGAAGGAAGCAACCCAUAGAGAAACCUGAGCUGAGAGGGCAGACCAUGCCAGAGUGUGACUACUUUACAUUUAUCUGCAUAGAAAUUUAAUCUAACAUUUUACCACAUAGUAACUUAAAGUCAGCAUGAGAAAUGUUACAGGGUUUUUGAAACGCAUGUGAUAACUGUAUCUCAGCUGGCUACAUGGUCCUUGACUUUCAGUGUCUUCUGACUUGCAAACCUCUAAAAAAAUUCCUCCAGGGAAUGCAAACCCAUACUCUAUUCGUUUAAACCUAGAGACAAUUAACUUUCUUAGUGACAACUUACAAAUAGUUCCCUUACUAGUGGCCUAUCUGUCACCUUCUAGUGCUUGCAGACCCCAUGCUGAAACCACUGCCUGGACGUUGGCUACACAACAUAGCAAACAGCCAUUCCCAUCACGGGAAGUACUCCCCAUCCAAAUGUUAGAUCUACCUGCCCUGUGUCAAUACUUUGGCAGAGCUCGCAGCAUGAUGGAAGCUGCUGUGAGCAACUGUGGCCUAAAAAUGGAGGAAACUACUCAGGUCAUUCAGUUGAUCAUUUAUGUCCCAAUUUUCUUCUUCAAUGUAUUAUUUAAUGCUUUGGCUUUACUGGUAUUUCACUGCAAGCAGAGCAAAAGGGCCAUGUAUGUAUGUGACCAACUUAAUCAUUGCACACUGUUUGGCUCUCAUUCUGCUCUUUAAGGUCUCUUUUCAAAGAUGGGAAAAGAUACAUGAGACAAAUAGUGCCUGAUCUUAAAAACUAUCUGUUGCCUAAGGAGAUGCGUGAGUGUGGUCACCCUUGUAGCUGUCAACAAAUACACUGCAAUGAACCACCCUUGGAGAGCAAGAGGCUUAGGGUCCCCAUGAGCCCGCUCUUCUCUAUGGUGUGUCAUUGACCUUCACGACAGGCAUUGCUUACGUGGCCAGGCGAGCAGUGUUCAGCAAGGAAAAAGACUUCUGUUUCCAGAAACAGCAGCAAAGGCCUUCAAAAACACUUUUGGCUCUGGGAUCUCCUUCUGGGAUUUGGCAUCUCAUUGGUUAUAAUGUCUGUCCAAACAGAUAAUUAUAAAAAUUUUUAUUAUUCUGAAAAAAGAGGAAUGUCGAUUCAUAUCAACCUGUUAUCCUACUGUUAAUCCAGAAAGCAAACAACUUACUUUUUUUUGCAAGCCCAGUCAUGUUCGUGUUUUCACCCUCUGAAUAUGGGGCACCUUGUUCAGUUUACAAUGGGCUUCAAUUAGGUUGUCUGCUCUGAAAUACAAAGCAGCAAAGCUUUUGUGCAUGUGGCCUCAUGUAUAGUCCUCAUAGUACAGUAAAUACUAAUUGCUGUUGCGAUGUCCUUUGCUACCGUUUUGCAACCAAAAAAUUUCAGGACAUUUUCUUCUUACCCAAGCCUAUCGUUUUUAAAUCAAGGAAGGAUCACAGACAAGGCACUCUAUUAAACUACACAGCUGCUGCAUUUUCAGCCCAGCCAGCAGCUAAGCACCACACAGCUGCUCACUUACUCCCUGUCAGUGACAAAACCAGUACAACAGCUGUGCUAAAUAAUUUAUAGUUGGUAUUCCUAUACGUAGCCAAGCUUACUGCAUACAGAGCUGUAUAAAAUGAAUGUGGUUUUUUUCUUGUAGGAAGCUGAAGUCUCCUACUGUUCAUGUUCUAAAUUUCAAAAAUAAAGUGUUCCUUUUUCUUAUUGUAAAGUGGAAAUUUGUUGACUUCAUAAUCCCUGUCAUCAUUAAGUAAUAUUUUUUGUUGUUUGUACUGAAUGCUAUGAAAACAAGAAAGGAAACAUUAUUUUGCAAAUGAAAAUAAAGCUAUCUCAUAGUAAUAUAUCUAUAAAUAAAUAUUCAUUUUUUACCAUUA